ACAUGUGUGUGUGAGUGUGUAUAUUCACAAUUGUUAAGCUUACUUUAUUGAUUUUUAAACGCUUAAUUGGCCGCCAAUCAAUCAAUUAACAUGCAAUGUGGGACACACGCACAUGCACACAUUUGUUUGCCCCGAUCAAAUAAUAUAUAUAUAUAUAUAUAAAUAUAAAAUAAUUGCUCGGCUAAGUAAAUACAAAUACGAAGUUAUUUAUGUACGUGUUUGCACAACAAAUACAACAAAAAAUGCAAAGUCAAUAAACUUUUUGUAUGACAAAAGAGUGUUCGAAAAUGCCGCAAAAAAGAGAGAAGGGGAAAAGCUUUUGAAAUCCAUGCAUACAUACAUACAUGCAUAGGCAUACGAAAAAGCUUCCGAAAGCCCAUUGUGUGUGCGUCGAGUUUUUUGCAAGUGUUUUUCAAAAAUAUUUUCAGUUUUGCCACAAAAAAUAUGUAUACCAAUCAGUCGUCGUUGUUUUCCACAGUGUAUGCAAGUUCGAAAAUGCCGCGAAGAUUCAAAUUCAAUCGCCAAUCAAGUUCGAUGCAAAUGCAUAAGCAAAAGCAAAAGCAAGAAAUCAAAAUGCAAAUAAUGGCAGGUGUUCAAGUUAUUCAAGUGCCAAUGAUAAUGCCAGAGAUAACGAAGCAAUCGAAAUCGAAAUCCAAACCGCAAGCGAAUUCGAUACCGACAUCGAUAUCGUGCCCAAGUUCAAGUGGUUCAAGUUGUGACCCUCGCAUCGAAUCAAAAUCUAAAUCAAUAUCAUUAUCAGCCAGAGAUUGACGACGGGAUGCGGCCUUUUCCACCGACCAUGUCACGAACUUACACGAAUGAUUGCAACGCAUUGAUGAGAUCGAGAAUCUCAAGCUGGAACAGGUCCGCAUGGCUCAGCAAUGCGCGGACGCCCAGCGACGCGAGAAGAUCCUCAUGCGACGGCUGGCCAACAAGGAGCAGGAAUUCCAGGACUAUGUGAGCCAAAUUGCCGAGUACAAGGCCCAACAGGCGCCGACUGCCCUGGCAUUGCGCACUGCUCUCCUCGAUCCAGCGGUCAAUCUCCUGUUCGAGCGGCUAAAGAAGGAACUUAAGGCCACCAAGGCCAAGCUGGAGGAGACCCAGAACGAGCUGUCCGCCUGGAAGUUCACGCCAGACUCUAAUACCGGCAAACGCCUAAUGGCCAAGUGCCGACUGCUCUAUCAGGAGAACGAGGAGCUGGGCAAGAUGACCUCCAACGGCAGGCUGGCCAAGCUGGAGACCGAACUGGCCAUGCAGAAGAGCUUUAGCGAAGAGGUCAAGAAAUCGCAGUCAGAGUUGGACGACUUCCUGCAGGAGCUGGACGAGGAUGUGGAGGGCAUGCAGAGCACCAUUCUGUUUUUGCAGCAAGAACUAAAGACCACGCGCGAUCGCAUACAAGCGCUUGAGAAGGAGAACGCCCAGUUGAAACAGGCCAUCAAGGAUGAGGUUGUGGCUCCAGCGGCUGCCACCAAUGGCGGCACCAACAAGACGAUAAACAAGCUAGAGACCAUUCAUGAGGACGCUUGCAUGGCGAAUAACCCAACGAAUCCGGAUUGUUACAAUGGCAAUACCAACAACGAACAGAUCGCGGCCGUGCCACAGAUACCACCAGCGGAUGAUGGCAGCAAUAUGAACGGAAAUGCAGCGCGAUUAGCGCGCAAGCGAAACUACCAAGAGGAGGAGACUCCUCCAACGGUAGUGGUGGUGCCGACUCCCACUCCAGUAGGAAAUAACGUCCAGGAAGCACCUCCCAUCAGGGAAGUUACCGCCCCACGUACUCUGCCGCCCAAAAAGUCCAAGCUGCGAGGCAUUACCACGCGUCGCAACUCCCAGCUGGAGGAGGAUCAUCAGCCCGUGACAAAGCCAGUGGCCGUCCCCAUGAUCGUGGACAACGCUGUGGCCGGAAUGGCGAGCGAAGAGGCUGCUGCAGCCGCUGCGGCGGUUAAUAACAGCAAUACGGGAGUACUACCGGAAACGGGAGUGCCAGUGGGUGUCCCAGUUGAGGGCGGCGAUCCAGCUGCUCAGGCGGCACCGGGCCGCAUCCUGACCCGUCGUCGGUCCGUCCGCAUGCAGCAGAACGGCAGCGGAGCAGUCGACUACUCCACCUAAGCGCUGGCGAACCUUUUUCCAAAAAAGGGUGCACUCCAUAUGAGUUCGUCAAAUUGAUCGUUAAUUCCUGACGUUUACUUUUGUGAAUUGAGAUUUCAAAACAGAGAGAGACUUCAUUUUAUAUUUCUAACCUAUCUUUUAGAUUCUUUAAUUUUUUUACACAUUGUCUUGUAAAAUACGUUUAUUAUUUCGUUUGCAAGCGGCGUAGACAUACAUAAUUCGCGAAUUAUUUGGAAGUCACUGCUUUACAUACGAAAUGCAUUAUGUAGAACUGUGUACCAGUUCAGCACAUAUAUUUACAAUAAUACGAUCGAGCUAAAUGAUAAUGCGAAAAACUGAUACACUAUUUAUGUUUUUUAAACCACGGCAUCUACUGAUAAGCUGAAAAGAAAGUUUGGUCAAAAAAAAACUUGUCAUUUAGCCUAAUUAGGUUUUAAUUAUCAACUUAAGGCAUUUUUGUAAUACUAUGAAAGUUGUGUAAAAUACUAUAAACUUGUGUUAAAAUAAAUUGUUAGGCAUAACAAAUAUUUCAAAAAA